AUGAGAUUAGCAACAUGGAAUAUUGAUUUAGGAGAACAACUUGCAUAUGAACGGACAUCAUCAAUUAUCAAAGCUAUUCGUGAGAAAAAUGUUGAUAUUCUUUGUUUACAAGAAGUAUGGGGUGGUCCACAAAUUUUACGUCAAAUUUAUCAAUCUGUCAAAGAUAUUUAUCCUUAUUUUCAAGUUGUAAAUGAUGGUAUGCGUGAUUAUAUUAGUCGUGAUGACUUACCAACACAAACAUAUAGUCCUGCUUGUUUAGCUACGAACAUAACGAAUGCACAAAUUUGUGUUUCUACAUAUUGUUCUAAUGUUACUGAUACACAACGAUUUAAAUGUGCUAUGACUAAAUGUCCGUCACAAACUCUAGCUCUUUAUAUGAAUUCAAAAUGUUGGGCCUGUAUUUUUGAUCGAUUUAUUAGUCGUAGAGAUCCAUUAGGUCUGAAUUAUUGUGGUGCAGUUAAUUUACCUCAAUUGAUAAGUACUUCACCAGGUAUUAUUCCUAAUUCUACUGAAGCUCCUUGGGAUCAUACAAUUGGUUUGAUGAUAUUAGCAAAACAACGAUAUCCAUUAAAGAAAUUAGCUGCUAAUUUAUAUUCACAUAUUGGUAUCGCACCUCGUGGUUAUAUUAUUGUUAGUCAAGAAGAUAAACAGUUAAUUAUUGCUAAUACACAUGUGGCUACAGUUGACAUAUCUUUUCCUUAUACAUUUAUUGGAGCAUUUUUAAAUAUUACAUGUUGUAGUUGGAAUGAUGAAAAGAAAGGUCAAACAAUUGAACUUGAAUCUCUUGUUUGGAAUUUUUUACGCAAUAAUAAAGGAAAAUAUAAAAAUGCUAUUAUGGCAGGUGAUUUUAAUAUGGGUAUUGCUAAUUUUAAACAUGAUGUAUCAGCAAUUCAACCUGAUGAUUGGAAUUAUAUACAUCAAUUACAUGAUAUUGAUGGAUCAACAAGAUGGUAUGAUGAUUAUACAGAAAUGCAUAGUCUUUGUACACGAUGUACAGAUAAUCUUGUUGUUCAAUUUCCUAAAAACUAUAUUUAUGAUCAUAUAUUUACACAUGGAGAUCUGUUCAACUCAUCCAAAUUGUCUACACAACGUAUAUUUGAUGAUCCGAUAAAAAUCAAUUCUAAAAAUAAAACAGUUAUUACAAAUCUUUCGGAUCGUUAUGGUAUUGAACUCAUCACUACUUGUUAA